CCUCCUCAAUUCUCAUCACCACCACACUCUCUCCUCAUAAUCCAUCUCUCAAGUCUCAACUCAACUCAACCCUUUAAUACACCAACCACCACAACCUCAAAAAUGGCCAUUAGAAAAUCAAACAAACUUCCCCAACACGCAGUAGUUUUGAAGCAAAUCCUAAAGAGGUGUUCGAGCCUAGGAAAGAAAAACGGGUACGAUGAUGAUGGGCACCCAGUUGAUGUCCCAAAGGGACACUUUGCUGUUUAUGUUGGCGAAAACCGACGUAGGUACAUUGUGCCAAUCUCCUUCUUGGCUCACCCUGAGUUCCAAUCACUCCUUCGACAAGCUGAAGAAGAAUUCGGUUACGAUCACGAAAUGGGCCUCACUAUUCCUUGUGAUGAAGUUGUCUUCAGGUCUCUAACAUCCUCCUUAAGAUGAAACAAAUUACAAGGACGUACGAGGUUUAUUUCUAUUCGAUAUGAUGGUUCUGACUGAAGAGGAUGGCCAAGAUGAAGCACACCACUUUUUGCUUCUUUUUUCUCCCUUCGUCAUUGCCACUUUCAUUGGCCUUCUCCUCUCAUCAAUAUUCUUCUUCAUUGGCUCUAUUUUUAAAAUCCAUCUCUCAUUCUUUUUUCUUUUUUUGUGGGUUUGUUCGAACAACCUGUCAUGAUGAUGUCAAUUAUGUGACUCUAACCUUGUUUCCAUGAAGAUUUCAUUGGUAGAAAAUUGUACAAAGGUUUCAAGUUUUCCUCGCAGAGGUUUCUAAAUAAUAUAUACCCUGUGAGAGAAGUUCUAUGUCAAUGAAAGCAUGUUCAUUUAUGUUCUAA